ACGUCAGUUGCAAUUCAAGGAUCUAGCGCUAGUCACCACCCACUGGGGCCCACAUGCUGCAUGCUCCAGACGCUCGAGAGGUAUCAAAAAUGUAGUUAUAGCACAUUGGAAGUUAACGCUCCAACAAAUGAGACACAGAGCAGCUAUCAGGAAUAUCUGAAGUUGAAAGCGAGGGUCGAGAUUCUGCAACGUACUCAAAGGAACCUUCUCGGCGAAGACUUGGGCCCAUUGAGCACCAAGGAGCUCGAGCAACUCGAGAAUCAACUCGAGAUGUCAUUGAAGCAAAUCAGAUCAACAAAGACCCUGUUCAUGCUGGAUCAGCUUUCUGAUCUCAAAAGAAAGGAACAAAUGCUGGUGGAAGCCAACAAGGCCUUAAAAAGGAAGUUGGAGGAAAGUGGUAGAGAAAAUCUUCUUCAGCUGUCGUGGGACACAGGUGCACAAAACAUGUCUUCUUAUAAUCGCCAACCUUCUCAUUCUGAGGGAUUCUUCCAGCCUUUGGAUUGCCAACCAACACUUCAGAUGGGAUACCAUCCCGUGUAUGAAGAUCAGAUGACCGUUGCAACAAACCACGGACAAAACAACGUCCAUGGUUUCAUGCCUGCAUGGAUGACCUGAUAUUUAACAUGAUCUUUAAAAAGAAGAAAAAUCCUACCAUGUGGAUGAUGGCUUUUUCUCUACAUAUAUUAUUUGGGUUUUUGCACCUUUUAUUUAUUAAUGAAAAAGAAAAAAGAAAAGAAAAAAAAUAAGAGUAAUGUGUAUGAGAGUAUUUAUAUCUUUUAUAUUGUUGUCAAAGACAUGAAUAAUGACAGAGAUUUGGUGAUCAGCUUAUUGUCUGAAAGAAAAUCGUUACUGUAUUUUUCA